GGUACGGUGGGUUAUAUAUCCUGAGGAGCCUUAAGGUUUUAUAGACGUUGAGGCCGCGCUCUCUCUCUCUUCCUCAUUUACUUUUUAUUUACCCGCUCCUUUGGUCCUGCUGCCCCGGAAUGAGCACCAUCUUCCUUUUUCGCUCUUUCUCUCUCUCUCUCUCUCUCUCUCUCUCAGGCUCUGGGUAUCGUCAAUCGAGUACUCGCUCUUUGUUCGGUUGUGUUGCUCAUUGUCGGCAGACUUUAUUGCCAUUAAUGGCUUAUUUCAUUAAUUAUUUUUUUCUUUGUGUUCAAUUAUCCGGGAGGUACUUCCUCGUUCUGUACCGGCCUAGUUCCCAGGUAAAUUAUACGAUCGAAGAGAACAUCCCUGGCAUAUCUCGUUGGAGGCGCAGGAACUUCCCCCCCUCCCCUCCAACCGAUACCCGGGACGCAGGUGGAGGCAUUGUUGCCAGGUACCCGAUGGAGGCCGUGCAUUCAGGUCCCAGCAACGUUUGUUUCAUUAUCUGAGACAUGUUCCUGACGAAUCCACACCCUAAUUAUCAGUCCAUUCCAGAUCUAGAAACCAUGUUUCGCACAAGUAAUAACCUUCUAUGAACCAUAAUAAUGCAACAGCAGA